CGUGCAGUGCAGCAGUUGGCGACACCUAUCGGCUGUCAAACGUCAGUUUCUGAUAUCAAUCUCGGUCCUCAAGGUGUGACUUGAGCGUGAUUUUGUCAAGUUUUUAAUCGCAGAUUCCGCAUUGGAAACCACAUGAUAGAGUGAAGCAAGUCGAUCGGUUAGAAAACGGAAAUACGGUGUGGAGGAUAUUGUUGAAUGGAUCCGUUGAUCUCUUGCUUUCUGCCGGAACAAGAGGGUCCAGCCAAAGAUCUGUGGCUUCGUUUAUGGCAGACUGAACUGGAAUUCGAGAAUAUGAACGUGAAAGACGAUAACAGUGAAUUGGAGGCAGUGAACAGUGUGAACAAGGGCCAGGGCCAGCACUACGCGAACGGCAAGAUAGGCAAGAACAACGUGUUCAUGCCGAGGAGACGGAAAAUGGAGAUGAACAAUCCUCUGGCCAGUGUGCGGAACAAAAAUUCGGAGAUGUGCAAGGAGUAUGGGGGAACGCCGUGGCGGAGGGAAGGCUACCACUAUGGAAAAGGCGUCAUAGGGUUGCAUCAAGAAAUCGAACAUUUUUACGAAUAUAUGUCGCCCACGCAUGUGGAACACACAGUAAGAGGAGAGGUGAUAGCCCAAAUCAAAACGAUUAUUACAAACCUAUGGCCGGAGGCGAAAGUACAAGUUUUUGGUUCAUACCGCACCGGCCUUUACUUACCCACCAGUGAUAUAGAUCUUGUAGUUAUAGGUAAAUGGGCAGAUCUUCCGUUGAGGACGUUAGAGAAAAAGUUCCUCGACAAGGGUAUUGUGGACGAGCAAAACAUAAAAGUGCUGGACAAGGCGUCUGUGCCAAUAGUGAAAUUAACUGAUAAGAGGACGGAUGUGAAAGUGGACAUAUCGUUCAACAUGAGCAACGGUAUCAAAUCAGCGGAGCUGAUAGCGACGUUCAUGCAGCGGUAUCCGGUGCUUCCGAAGCUGGUAUACGUGCUGAAGCAGUUCCUUUUGGAGAGGGAGCUCAACGAGGUGUUCACCGGUGGCAUAUCCAGCUAUAGCUUGAUCCUCAUGUGCAUAAGCUUCCUGCAGCUGCACCCCCGUCCCGACGACGUUGACAAGAACCCCAACCUGGGCGUUUUGCUCAUCGAAUUCCUCGAGCUGUAUGGUCGGAAGUUCAAUUACGUGUCGACGGGCAUCCGUAUUCGCGACGACGGCCGCUACAUCACCAAGGAGGAAAUGCAAAAGGACAUGACGGACGGACACAGGCCCAGUCUGCUCUGCAUAGAAGAUCCACUUUUACCCACUAACGACAUAGGUCGUAGCAGCUAUGGAGUUCUGCAGGUGAAAAGAACAUUCGACCAUGCGUACCACACAUUAUCGUUCGCAGUGAAUCCACAGAUGUCGAAUGUCGAUUGCAACAAAUCUUCAAUUUUAUACAAAUUAUUGAAAGUGACCGAUGAUGUGAUUCGUUAUAGACAUUGGAUGAAGUCCCAGUUUGGGUCGAUUCAAAACACGCACACGAAAAACUGCAUUUCGCCACCGAGGGGCAAGUGUUCGUUAUCGAGGGCGGGUUCGACGGGCAGCGUUGACAGCCGAGGAUCAUCAGAGGAUUCAGAGUCGCCCACAGGUGAAGCAUUACCCAACCCCACGGAAAUGAUACGGCGGGAAACGCACGCGCCGAUCAGCAGCCACAGGCCGUCCGACGUUCGUACAACGACGUACACGCGGCGGAAAUACUCGAGGCCCAACCCCAACAAUGAAACGCCCCACAUAACCUCGACGCAAAGCAUCCGAAGAAGCGCGAAGAAGUCAACGAACAAGUACAACUCCUCACACCACUACAACAGGAUAGAGACUAAAGAGUGAGGGUGCGUUUGAAAAAGACUACGGAUAUGUAACUACUUUUACUCAAACAUCUUAUACACAAACUAGCGAAACGCUAGGACUGCCAUAUAACAUAGAUAUCGCCAAAAAAAAAAAUAGAGAAAAUAAUGAAAACCAGAGAAAAAAAAAA